CUCACGAGUCGAGUGAACAGCACUCGAGCAUUACCGAAAGAGGUGAUACUCUUAUCGACUGCCACACACAUUUCUUACGGUACUGACAGUCUCUGCACUCGUUCAAUACCGAGUACAGAAAGUACAAUCAGCUGUUACAUCGACUACCGCUUCACUUUGGGAAGGAACGAGCGAUUGUUACUGUUAUUUCUGCUAGAAACGAACGUAGCAGUAACCUUGUGUCAGUGCGAGAAAUUCAACUAAAAAGAACAAGCUUUUUGUUUGGUCGUGACACUUGUCUCCUGAAAUCAAAACAAUUAUUUGUCUGAUACAGGUUAAUUUCUGCAGUCAUAGGUUGACAUGUUCCAAUGAAAUCUAAAUUCUUGUAGUAUUUACUAAUACAUAUAUAGUUGGCUUUUAUUAUUUAUAUAUAUCAAGUCAGUAAUAUGACUUCGAAAUCUGAGAUCACGUUGGAACAUUUUUAUAUUUUUAACGGCACGUAUGCGAAGAAAGAAGGGGAGGAGCAAAACAAAAUAUUGUAUUACUAUCCGGAGAAGGAUGUGGAAGUUCAAAUUAAGAACAUAGGACUCAGCGAAGCGAUAAUCAAAUUUACAGAAUCGUUUAAUCCCGGGCAACCAUGUGAUUAUUGCCACACACACAAGACACGUCAAAUUUACUAUCAACCAGAACCUAAUUUUUGGAUGGUAAUGAUUGUUGGUAUUCCCUAUAUUUACAAAGAAAAAGAUGGUAAUAAGUAUCAAAAUGACGAGGUAUCCAGUAAUGUUUGCCAAGCUAUAUUGAAACAGACGUACAUGAUGUUCAGGUUAUUUAUGGGUUCCUUUGAAACUAUUAUUAACGAUCCCGAUUGCGGGUCUGUGAUGUUGUUGAAACUCAAGCUGGAGCAUUUUUAUUCACGAUAUCUGCACUCACUAAAGUUAAAUAAUAGCGACAUUUUAGAUGUUUUUCAAGGUUUACAGUUUUUACCUCUCGAUAAGAUCACAUUCCUUAGAGUGCAGUGUUUUAUGAAUCUUGUAGAAGCUAUGUUCACACAAGUGAAAUACACAGCGUUUCUUUAUAAUGAUCAAGUUGUUUGGAGCGGAUUGGAGCCUGAAGAUAUGCAAGUAGUAUAUAAUUACUUGGUAAACACAAUUUUACCGGCUCACUUGGAAAAGGAAUUGCAUGGAGGCUCGAUGCCUAGGAAUUCCCCCUCGCCAUUCACAACUUCGCAUUAUGGAAAAUUCGUCACCGGACCUGCGAGUGUCAACGAGCCAAGUCUAAUUGGAAAAUCGCCCAAAGUUUUCAUCAAUUAUUCCACCAAACCUGUAUCAUUAUACUUAGUGAUAUAUCGAGCAUUGAGCGCCACUAUAUGUCUUUUCGUUGAUAGGAAAACUAGUUUGUUAAUAGACUUUUUUAAAAGCUUAGACAGCUUCUUGGGUCCGCAAUUAACCACAUUAGUCAGUUUCGUAGCCGAGCAAUGUGCUAAACACGUAGUAGUCAUGCCAGAAUCUUGUAAUACCAAGUACCUAUAUUUUAAUAAGCUGAAUUUAGCUUACAAAAGUACAAUACAUCUGGACAACAGACGUUGCUCUAACGUACUUACAACACCGGAAGUGCUGAGGAUUAUCACUGACAUAUACAACGAUACAAACAGAUUGAACGAGGCUGGUGAAAUAAUCAUAAAGACUAUGAGCGACUACUGGGUCGUUGCAAAAUUGUCCAAUUUGAGAGAAUUCUUUGUCGUUAUACAACAGAAGAGUGCAAGUAUCAUAGAAAUCGACGAUGAAGUGAAAAGGCUCUGUGAGAAACAAUUGAAAAGCAUCUUUUUCCAUUGACGAGUUUAUCAGAAAAACAUCGAACAUUACGUCUCGUUUUUAUGAUUUUCUUCCCUUACGAUUUAAUAGAAUUCUGUUAUCUCCCGCCGAUUGUUAACAAGCAUUAUACAUUCUGAAAUAAUAAUUAUAUUUGAGCCCCACUUACAUAUACUCGGACACGAACCUAUUAGUCACAAAUGCAAUUUAACCAGUUAACUGUUUUUGACGAGUAUACUCGUCAAAAACAGUUAACUGGUUAAACUACCAAGUUUGAUUCGUUCAUGUCUGGUUAGUACGUUCGCAGUUGGGAUUACAGUAUCUUGCGAUUACAUAAAGUUGUACAAUUUAUAUGUGAUAUAAAGUAUGAAAAAAAUGAUCGAUACAUUUAAAAAAAUAUUAUUUACUCUCGUGGCAAUUUAGGCAUUCAUUGCCUAUGAAAUCUGUAACAUAGAGUACUGUAUAUCAGGUGACCUGUAAAUAAUUAUUUUACGCAAUAGUUAGUAGCCCUAAGAGAUCCACAGUAUCAUGUCAUUUUAUCAU